UUCCUUUCUGAUACAGAUACAAUGGAGCUGUGAGGGGCUGCAUGUCAGCUAUGGCUCUGCUGCUGUGCAGCAUUGGUGUUCUGUCAGUGUGUUUGAGCUCUCAGGCUGGUUUAACUGUAGAAGCAGAACCUGGUGAUGAUGUCACUCUCUGGUGUCAACACAGUCUGACUCUGUCAUCUUAUAUAUUCUGGCUCAAACAAACAAAUAUUUCAGUACCAGUUUAUACUGCAUGUAAAUAUUACUCAGUAUCAUCCUCCUCCUCUAACUCCUGUUUCUUCAUCACUGAGAGUAACAGAUCAGUGAUGAGUGUGAACUCUAUGAACUCCUCUCUCACUAUAACUGCAGUUAAUCACUCUGAUUCAGGACUCUAUUACUGCAGCAGUCUGGAGGGAAAAUACAUGAUCUUCAGCAACACAACAUAUUUACAGAUCAGAGAGAGAAAUGAAAUAUUUUCCAAGAACACAGACACAGCUACAGAAGCUGUCUGCACUGCUAAUGUGGUCACCGUGUUGGUUCUGGUGUUUGGAGCUGUGAUUGUGGUUCUGCUCAGUGCUCUUCUGUUCCUGCUGUUCAUCAUACUGAAGUACAGAAAACAAUUCAGAGAGGAUUCUGACUCUAAACUCAAAGAAGAGAAAGAGGAGCAGGAUGGUGAAAUGAUGAACUACGCUGCUCUAAACUUCUCCAACAAGAAAAACAGGAGAUCACACAGACGAGUAGAAGCAGAGGAUCCAAAUAUCAUAUACUCUUCUGUGAGGCAGUGGGAUUUGGUACAGUAAGCUUACAUGCUGUUUGUGAUUUGGACCAAAGAGCUCACUGUGAAAGCUAAAGCUUUAAUUUACAACAUGUAUCUAAAGUAAUUAAUGAACUAAAAACCCUACGAUCAUAAAUCACUGUAGCUAGAUCAGUAGGUCUAAGGAUUUAAUGGUUUAAAAUUUUAAAACAUUCUACGUAAACAAUGAUGAAGUAAUUCCAUAUUUAGCACUUUUGUUGCACGGAUUGAGUUGAUUAUUUGUUCUUAACUUUGUGCACAUUUUUGCUGUGUUUUAAAGAGCAUUGUGUGCACUGAAAAAAAUCACAUAGAAUUUACCCCAAAAAAAUGAGGCUGCAAGUUUUUGUUUUACUGAGUAAAAUUUAAGCAGUUUUAGCAAGUAAUAUAUCGAUUGUCUUGUAAAUCUUAUCCAAUUUUUUCAG